AUGUUAAAUAUGCAACGAGAACUUCGAGCGGGAAUUGGAGUGUCCAAUACGAAAACUGGAUCUUUUCAGUUCUACGGGCCCUCAUCUCACAUAUGCUUCAUCCAGAGGAUAUAUCAGCGGCUGAAGUCGCGCACACGUGAAACGCUACUUGAUCAACAGAACAGCCCUGUUCCGGAUGGACUGGAGAAAUGGGGCAUACAUCGUUUCUUAUUUGCUUGCGGAGGCGAAUUCUCUCCAUUCUCGGAUCCAGCCAGUAAUGCGUGCUUGCCCAGAGAAACAGGAUAUGACUUUAUCAACUCUUUCUUUCAAAUCAUUCACCCCCAAAUCCCGUUACUUAAUCAUUCGGAGAUUAUCCAGCUGUGGGAAAGUGUCUGGGAGGCGCCCACUCCAGGAAAACCGGGCAGAGCCAGAGAUAUUCUAUUCAUGGUCUUAGCACUUGGGGCUAAAGUGUCACCUCGAAGUUCAGAGAGUGCUGCGGAUUAUCUAGACAAAUGGGCCGAGUAUCUCUGGGCGAACUCGAAUAACUACGGCGCUCUCUUCCAAGAAUCGAGUCUCAAAGGCACGCAUUUCUUGUUGCUGAAGGCAAUGUAUGCGUUACAUUCUAUGAGACCGAACGAUGUGUAUCUAUAUACCGGUCACGCAGCUCGUAGCGUUUUUACUCUUGGUCUCAACCGGGGCCAGGUAGCCAAUGGCACCAGUCUAUCCAUGCAUCGUCUCCGAACAACCUUCUGGACGGUGUAUUCACACGAGAGGAUGUCGGCGUUUUUCACCGGACGGCCAUCUAGCAUCUCGGACAAUCAUAUCGAUACUGCCCACCUCGAAUAUUCGCCCCUCAUUGAUCAUGUCUUACUGGAUGAAGAUUCCUUGGAUAUAACCGCACCCACCAGAAACUGUGCAUUCAUCCGAGCAAUGGCGGAAAUCGGGAGAAUAGUUGAGACCGUGUCUACCGAUGUUCUCUCCCUUGGCAGCGUCUCGGCGAACGGAUAUUCUGUCAAGACAGCAGACACCAUCAACACAUGCGAUAACGCGUUGAAUGUCAUUUUAGGGCAUCUACCUGAAUAUCUUCAGUUCCAUGAUUCUAAUCGCACUAUUGGUAAAGACUGGCAGGAAAUCCAGAGGACACACCUCGGCCUCACUUAUCAUUUGACAAAGUUGAUGAUGCAUCGACCGGCUCUCGUCCUUGUAACAUUGCACAGUCACUCGGGGGAGCCGUCUCCCAAUAUGCCGAGUCUGCAAAAGUCAAUUGACGCCGCCAUUGCGUCGGCCAAAUGCAUCGUUGAUUUGGCUCAUCAGGCCAUCUUCACUCGCAUCCAAGUUAUCCAAAAUGACGCUUCAGUUGCGAGCUUCGUUAUGUCCGCAUGUGUAACGCUGCUCUACAACGUCAUCGAGCCGAGCGUGACAUCCACCUAUGCCAAGGACAUUUUCAGUCACGUUGAGCGUGCAAUACAUUGUCUAGACAAGAUGGAUCAUGUCGGGCCUACCACUGGUAAGGCACUGAGCGUGGAUGUCAUGAAAUGCGCCAAGGAUGCCUUGAUGUUAUCGAAUAGUGAUAUUCGUUUUGAUCAUGCGAUGAUUGAUGAAUUUCCCUGGCUAAAGUGUGUUAUAUCUACCUUCUAA